CUUGAUUGCACAUCACCAGGUGCGGCCUCAACAACCGAAUCGCCAUGUCGAAUCCAACAGACCUGCAAACACCUGGCCCGCCGACGCCCUUGACGCCGCCUCCAGCCCCCAAGAUUGGGGUGAAGGCGGACUUGCCGCCGGUCGAGGAUCCAACUCCCCCGCUGCAGAAGGAGGGCGGUGAUGUGACGGACAUCUCCCAGCUAUCGACGGCGCAGCUGUACCAGCUGAAUCAAGAAUUUCUGGACUCCACGGUCGACCCUACGCGCCCACUGAUCGACGAGGCACAACCUCUGGCCGUGCUCCGCACCGAGUACGAAAAUGGGUCCCCUUCGUUCGUGCAGCAGAUCGACUGGUUGGAGGGGAAGGGAUUCCAUGCAAUCAGGAGGACGCGGGGUGACGGCGACUGCUUCUACCGUUCCGUCGCCUACCUCUUCGUUGAGCGCCUCUUCUCUGCACCCGACCCCGCGCUCUCCGUCACCACCGCGCUCUCCAGCCUCGAGGAGACCCUCAAGCUGCUCAAGAAGGCCGGCUUCGAGGACAUCGUUGUUUCGGGGUUCUACGAGCCGCUGGAGGAGCUCAUUCGGAAUAUCGUCCAGCCCGUAGACGGGGAGAUGCUCACGCUGACUGGGCUGCUGAAGGCGUUUCAGGAGCCGAUGACCUCGAACUCGAUUGUGACCUACCUGCGCAUGCUCACGUCCGCGAAGAUACGCACGGAGCCGGACGACUUCGCGCCCUUCCUCAUCCACCCGGAGCUGGGCGAGAUGAUGGACCCGCGGGAGUUCUGCGAGACGAACGUGGAUCCGACGGGGAAAGAGGCGGAUCAUGUCCAGAUGACCGCACUGUCGCAAGCCCUCGGCCUCAACAUCGACAUCGCGUACCUCGAUGGCCGGAGUGCUGACGGCACCGUCGAAUUUGUGCGGUUUAGGAGUGCGCCAGACGAGGGGGAGAAGGCGAUGGUGUUGCUGUAUAGGCCCGGUCACUAUGAUAUCCUCAUCGGGAAGUCGUGAAGGACAGCGGCGGAUAUGGGGUUUGGGAAACUUAUCAGUUGUGAUGCGGCGUGUGGAUCGUGGUGUAGUGAUAAAUAGUGCAACGCUUUUGGAUAUGACUGCAUGUUAGCUCGGCGGACCCCAGAGCGCAGUUCGUUGAAGCCCUGGUAUGAAUUCAGACACGCGGCAGAGCUGUUCGUGGUGGCUUAGCUGCCUCUUCGUCCGGCAGGCGCAUUUGAGGC